AACUGAUGGGGGGAGUUUCUAGAGUUUGAAUGUUUGCGGUGGCACAUCUGGACUUCUCAGACCUGGUACAAAAAUAUACCGAAUAGCUGGACAUUUGUGUUUAUAGAGAUGGACUAUGGGAGAAAACGCGCAAACCGCUGUUUGGAUACCCGAGAAAGGAAGAGACUUCACAGGGAAUCCCUUUGGCUACAGGAUCCAUCCCUCCCCAAGGGCCCAUCAACAAAGAAGCCUUGCAGAGAGAGAACCAGGCUUACAGACAGCAGAGAGAGGAGAUCUUCGACGGGACACAUCAGAUCUGUCAGGGACAAAAGGGCACUGGCACCCAGCCAACAGGCAAAUACUGGAUGGCCAAAUGAGAAAGAUUGGGGCAACGCUCUCAGCCAAAGUACAUCUGCACAGGUUAAAGUGGCAGCAGUGGUCAAAACCACAGUUAUUAACAAUACAGAAAUGGCUCGCAAGAAGAGGAGGAAGAUUCACCCUUCUGGUUUCAGAGGAAAAGGUCAACUGAAACUGACAGUUACUCCUGGCAAUGGGGUGCUCUAUGUUCGAAUUUUGGAAGCAAGGGGACUCAUGGGAGGAGAGUAUAGACCAAGUGACUCAUAUAUCAAGAUAGCCAUUGCUCCAGAUGUUGACCACAGCAAGCGAUGGAAGACCAGGACCGUUCUAGACUGCAAAAGUCCUGUUUUCAACGAGACUUUUAUGUUAGAUGUGGGUGAGGACGAUCAUAAGAAGAGGCUGUUGGUAACAGUGUGGAUUCGAAAUCGGAUAUCCAGGCGCAGUGACUUCCUGGGCUGUAUGAGUUUUGGCGUCCAGUCUCUCAUCACCUCAUCUAAAGAGAUCAGGGGCUGGUAUUAUCUCCUGGGAGAAGAGCUGGGCAGGAGCAAACAUCUGAAAGUGGCCUCACGUCGCAUCAGACAGACCGCUGAAGCCGCCGUGUCCAACUAUGAAGCUGGACGUGAGACCACAAGUCCAGAAAAUAUGCAGUCAUAUACGGUGACCAUUUUGAGAGGUAAAGAUGGUUUUGGUUUCACCAUCUGCUCUGACUCACCUGUGCGUGUCCAAGCUGUUGAUCCAGAUGGGCCAGCUCAUCAGGCUGGAUUGCAACAGCUGGACACAUUAUUACAACUAAAUGGCCAGCCAGUUGAACACUGGAAGUGUGUGGACCUGGCACAUGCCAUCAGGAAUUGUCGUAAUGAGAUCACAGUGGUGGUAUGGAGGACAGUGCCUGUAAUGAAGCCUUACUACGAGGGGCUUAUUCACAGGCCUUCUUACAAACCUUCCGGUUUUGACACUCUCUCUUCUAAUACAAAGUCACAAAACAAAACCCCACCUUUGCUUUCUCGACCUACCAACCACAAACAGAGUCGCUGUAAGAAAGGAAGUGGCCAUGAGAAUGCAGGUAAUGGAUUAGGAGGGUCGUUGUGGUCUUGGACUGGGAAACGAGAGAAUGACUACAAAACACGCACUCAGACCCUCAAAGGUACCCGUGUGACAUCAUCAAAUGGCGACAACUACAUAAUCCUCUCGCCUGUCAGCCCUGCAAACCAGAUAUUGCAGCCGGUUUAUUCUGACAACAGUGGAACAAUAGGAACUCUCGGAAGAAUCUAUCAGCCUCACACUAGCAGAGGGCUGCAGCAGAGUCCAGGAUACCUGCCGGAUGGGGGAUUGCAAGCACAAGCCACCUUAUGCAGGUCUCUGAGUGGGAAGACUACCACCAUGCCUCCCUCAUCCUACAGACAGAGCUUUUCCAACUACCAAAACUGCACCAUCGUCCAAUCCCACCUGCCCCACUCCAACUAUGGGACAUAUGUCAGUUUGGCCCCUAAAAUUCUCAUCUUCCCUGUUUUUGUGCAGCCACUGGACCUGUGCAGCCCUGAGAGAAUCCUGAUGUUAUCAGAGGAAAUGAUCCUUCAUGACAGUAAACACAUAGCUCUUAAGGCUACAGUAUUCAUCUACACAGACCUGAUACUGUUGACCAGGGAAGAUGAAGCAGGCCGCUGUAAUGUACUGCAGAGUCCACUCUACCUCCAUCAGAUAGACCUGCAGGAUGUUCCUGCAGACAAACUGCGGCUGUACAUCUCCUACUGGAUAGAGAGGACUGAGUGUCUGUUCAGCCUAGAAGCCUUUUCAGCUGAACAGAAGAGGAGGGUCGUUCAGUGUCUGAGAGACAAUAUUGACAAGCAAAUUGCACUAAGGGGCAAUUUUGACCAGAUGUUGGAACCAAAAGCAGCUGAACAGACUGAUCUGGGUCUGCUGGGCUUCAACCCUCACAGUAUGUCUGAGCCCUGUUCCCCAUCAUGCCCCUCUGCAUCCCCCAUCAUGAGAAGUACAAAAUGCAGCUCUCCAGCUCAGCGGCUCUCUUAUCCAGACCUACAUUUCAGCUCUGGAGAUGCCAGCCAAACCAUUCCACCUUCACGAGACAGCUGCAAAAAUGUGUACAUGGAGACCUCUGAGAUCUGGAAGGAGAGACCGAAGGAGGUGAAAGGAGGUUCGGAAGAGUCAGAUUUCGAGAAGAGAGAGCAGGGGGAGGGUGAGAGCGCAUCCGAGACGAUCAGUGUUGGCGCAAGACCCACAUCGUCGUCAUCCUCUUCCUCUCCUCUAGUCAUUCCCAAGCUGUGCUUGGAUCGCUCCUUCAAUACAGAUGCUAUGACUUCACCGUCCACUGACGAUGAAGAUGAGGAUGACGAGGAAGAUGAUGAGGAAGCAGACAGUGAUGAAGGCUUUCUUAAAAGGAGGAGUAUGGUAGAAACAUCUCCUUCCGGUGUGCAGCAGAGUGGAGGGUUGUGUGUGCAUAGAUCUCUCCACAGACGCACACACAGUGAGGGCAGUUUACUGCAGGAGCCCAGGUCUCCUCGCUUCAUCUCCGAUCAGGCCAUCGACUGUAUAGAGGCCAAGCGGGAGACUCCGGAGCGCUGGGCAAUCCCCUCGCCACAGACUCUGAGGAAAGAGCUGACCAAGAAUGGAGGAUCUGUCCACCAGAUCUGUCUGCUUUUCACUGGGAGGAGGGUCUGUGGCAAGACAAACUGUAAAUGUGACACAGGAAAAAGUGCUGUCAAAAAGAAGAAAUCCAAAAAUUUGGCCAAAGACAUGAGAAAUCGACUGACUUUCCUGCGAAAGAAGAGCAACGACAGACAUGGCAGCAAUCCAGCUGGCAUGCUUGAGAAAAUCCUCAAGUCAGAUAAACCAACUCCGGAAGAAGCUCUUAGAUGGGCAGAGUCACUCGAUGCACUGCUUUCUCACAAAUAUGGCCUGGCAGUGCUCCGCUCUUUCCUGCAAACUGAGUUCAGCGAGGAGAAUCUGGAUUUCUGGCUGGCAUGUGAGGACUUCAAGAGGAUCAAAUCACUGUCUAAAAUGGCAUCCAGAGCAAAGAAGAUAUUCACUGAGUAUAUCUCCAUACAGUCCUGUAAAGAGGUGAAUCUGGACUCGUAUACCAGGGAGCACAUCAAGGAAAACAUGGAGAACAUCUGUGUAGACUGCUUCGACCUGGCUCAAAGCAGAAUCUUUGGACUUAUGGAAAGAGACUCGUACCCUCGAUUCCUCCGCUCUGACAUGUACAUGGAAUUAACCAAACAAAAGAGACCCAACACUACCACAGAUUCAUCUCAGCUAUGAAAACAAACUGUAGAACUUUUGGAUAAGUAUUGCUGGACACAGGCAGCAGGUGUAUGAAAUGUGGAUUUAGUAGUACAGAACUGGUCUACAUUCACACUAUCCAUUUCAUGCACAUCUUCAUGUUGACAUGUCAGUCCGUUAAGCACCUUGGAGAGCACAGACAUGGAUCAUUUACUUCAAUUUGUACAAAUUGCUUUUGAAUAAUGCUGUGCUGCACCCUGAUGGAAGGUUUUGGCAAUAAGAAGGUGAUGUAUGUGUUAUGAAAAUGCUGGACGGGUUGACUGAAGUCAAAUCAUCAGUGCCCAACACACCUAGGAACCUGAGGUGUUGGUCAUCAUCCUUUUGACCCAAUGGCAGUACAUGGAAAAUGCAAAGCAUGUUAAGUAUUGGAGCAAAGAGACAUUUUGGUACUGUUUUGUUCUUCUUUACCAAGACAUAUUGUUAAUUCACUUAACUUUUCUUGUGAUUACCAUACCUCAACAUACGGCAGAAUAUACACACCAUUACAAAGAUUACAUGCUGAGAUGAUAUUGGCAAAAAGCAUUGCUUAAGUAUUGUAUAACACUAAUGUCCUGUCCUUUUUUUUUUGGAAAGCAGGCGACACAGUAUGUAUAAGAGAUGACAUGUGAGUUGAAGGUAUUAUUUUAUAUUAAACAGACAUUACAGUACAGUACAUGUUCUUUGUAGAAACCUUUGUGGUUUCAAAUCAACUAUGUGGAAUUCAACAAGGCCUUGAGAUGCACCAUUGUCUUUAAUUUGUAUAGUCUAUUUCCUCUCAAUAGUACUCUGGAAAGAAAUCUUUACAAACAGAACACUCAUUUUUUAUUAGUAUAGAGGACAUGGAUGUAACCCUAUGUUUUAAAAGUGCAAUAUAUGGUUGGUUAUUACAGUAGUAUUUCUUUAACAAACGGUAUAUCAGAAGGUUCGGAACUUGAUUCUUUAUAUACAGUACAUGUUGUAUCAAUGCACUGCCAUAAUGCAUCAUAACGAUCAAUGUCUAUGUUCAAAUGUAAUAAGUGAUUCCUUCUGUAAAUACAGGCUUACAUACAGUAUAUGGACUAACAUGUGUGGUGAUUUUAAAAGCCUUAAGGUAUUCUGGUUGUUGUCAUUGCUAUUAGUCAGUUGGUAUCAAAUCAAAGAAAAUAAAUAACAAGAAUAAUAAGAUAAGAAUAAAAUUACAAAAAAGAAGAAGAAAAAAAGAAAAGCCCAAAUGCCUAUAUAGUGGCUGUGUAGUGAUUUAACAUAGAUGUGUUAUGUUUUGUAAAUAAAAGUCUGUAUUUCAUGUUGAUCUACAAGGCACUAGUCAGUUUAAUGGGAGACUCAUGUUUGUCAUGUUUCUUUUUCAUCCUAACAAUACUCUUCUUGCUCUAAUGAUAUUUCUUGUAUUUAUUUGUGGGUUCAUAUUCACUUAUCGCUGCCUUUGUAUCAAAUUCUGAUUGAAUAAAAUUACAC